GUCACAUUGCUCGGUUUAAUAAUACAAACGCCUUUUUAAUUAAUUUAUUUAAUUCAUUUAACUGAAUUUAAUACGUUUACACCACAUCUGUGCAAUAAUGAACAAUAUGGAACCGGGGGUUGAAAUGUUCUCUCCAGAGACUGUUCUGAAGUCGGAAACGGACACCAACGCAGCGGGGACGACGGGCAAUGCCAGCAGCAAUAAGGUGCUGAGCGCCAAAGAGGAUGAGCUAAUAUCAAUGGAAACACUGCGUGAAUCACCGGUGCAGUGGCCAGAGCGCUUUCCUGGCAUGGAUGACUUUCUGACCAUGAGCCAAACACCGAUACACACACCAAACGCCGAAUGUACACAAAACUUUAACAGCGCGGACAUGGCAAGGAUGAACCAGCUGGCCAGCCUAACACCAGAGCAAUUGAUAGAUAAGAUUAAGUCCAUGCAUGAUGAAAUCUAUCAACUAGGCCUGCGCGAGUCCAAGGAAAUGACACGCGGCAAACUGUUGGGCAUCUUUGAUCGAAUGGCCAAAGGAAAGAAAUAGGACAUUCACCUUGAAUUCUGU